AUGCUAUCAAAUCAAUAAAGUUCAGCAGAACAUUAAAGUAUACAAAAACUACAAUAAUUCUUGUAAGGAUUAAAUAAAUCAAUCGUUAAAUAAGGCAUUUAAGCAAAUUUGUAAACAAUAUCAAAUAAUUUGGAUGCUGCUGCUAAUGAAAUAGGUUUCUUAUUGUAAUCAAGAGAUUUGAAUGAGUUUAGUCAUAUAGUAAAUAAAUUGUCAUCAGUAUGGAAAGAAUUAUACAAAACUGUUUAUAAUAGUAAAAUGGUUAAUGAGUUUGAUAAUGAGACAAGUGAUUUUCAAUAAAAGAUGGACUUGAUAUCAUAGACAAAAAGGUAAAUGAAAGAUGGAAUAGGAGAAAUAGGUUAAUUAGGAGGUGUACGAGUAUCAGCUUAUCAGACUCCUUAGACAAAAAAUAUGAUGAGAUAGAUGAGUAGAUAAUAAACAGGAUUACCAUCAAUUUCUGGAUAACCUUAAACUGAAUAUAAGCAUAAAAUGAACUAUGAAAUUGAUGACAAUUAAAGGGAGAUAUUGCAAGAAGUCUUAAGGUAGAGUAAUAAAUUGAAUAUGUAAAUAGUAAUGAAAAGAUAUGAUCCAAAAAUAACAUUAAUGGUAAGUCAAGGGACAGAUACUAAUUUAGAUAUCUAAGAAGCAAUAAGAGGAUUUAAUAAAGAUUAUUUAGAGAUUAAAUUAUCAGAAAUUACAAAAGAAAAUUUAAAGAAUUUAGAAGAAAUACAAAAGGUGAUGUAAGAGAAACAUGAGUUAAAUUAAGUGGCUGAAUCAUCAGCAACAGAAAAGUUAAAAUCAAUAUAUAAAACAAUUUACACUAAAACAACUGAAAUGGAUUAAUUAAUGGUAGAGGCAUCUAAAUAAGAACCAUAAAUUGUAAAAGAUGUUUUGGAUGAAUUUUUACAUCAUAUAACACAUAAUUAUAAAGAUAUAUAAUCAGAAACUUUUAAAAUUGUUGCUAAAUUGUUUUAAUAAAUGUAACACAAAUAAAAAUAGGAUGAAUUAUUGAAAAGUAGAACAUUAUAAGUAUAAUAACCUUAACAUAAAAAAGAUAAAUUAAGUUCAUCAAAGAGAGGUAAUUAAAGUUCUGCUGAUGAAUCUUAAGUUAGUGAAAAAAUAAAAUAAGAAUUAAUUGAAAAGAAAAUGGAAGUUGAUAAAAAGAAUUAAGAAAUAUUUGAAUUAUAAAAUAAGGUUAGAUAAACAGAAAAUUAAUAUAUACAAACUGCUUUAGAAUUGGAAUCAAUGAAAUUAAAUGUUAGUAAAUCAGAACAAGAUAAAGCAUAAUUAAAUUAUGAAUUUAAGAAAUUAGAAAAGUAACUUACUUCUUUUAAUUCAAAGACAUUUCAAGAUUAAGCUAUUUAAUGUACUGAUAUUGGAUAAUAAAAUUUAAUUUAAAAAUUACAAAAAGAUAAUUAACAAUUUUAAUAAAAAGUUUAUUAACUAAAAAGUGAAUUAAUUAAAAUAAGUCCAAGUUCAGGGAGAGAAUUAAAAUACUAAUACACAGAGUUUUAAGAUAAAAGUGAUGAUUAAAAUAUAUAAAAUUCAUAAAAUGGAACACCUAGAUAAACAAGUAGAUAUAAAUCUGCAUAUGAUUUUGAAAAUUAAUUGAAUGAAGAUGGUUAUUCAAUUGAUUAAAGAUUAGAUUCUUCUUAAUAAAUGUAUAAGAAUAGUGAAAUAUCAAAUAGAGAAAGAUUAGAUGAUAUGGGAUUUGAGAGAUCUCCUACUCAUUCAAAUACUAUUAAAGCAAGUUAAAAAAUAAAAAAUAAAAAUUAAGUUUAAAUAGAAUCAAGAUAAACAAAUAGUCCAAAAUCUAAUUCAGAAAGAUCUGUUAAAGUAUCUUUGUAAUUGAGUUAAACAAAUUUCAAUCCAAAGAAAAAAAAAUAAAAAUCUAUUCUUAAAAUAGAUGAAGAAGAUUCUACAUUAAAUUAAUCUGCUGAAUUGAAGAAACAAAAAAUUAAAAAGCAAUCUUUCUCUAAUAAAGUAACUAGAAGAUAAACUACUUUAGAAGUAGCAUCCAAAGAUUUUUUUAAAAAUUAAAAUUCAAUUAAAGAUUAAGAUGAAACAUAAACAGCAACUAAUUUUGAAACUUAAAGGACAUAAUCUGGAUAAGCCAUAAAUAAACCUUAAAGAAUUACGUCAGUUGAUAAAAAGAAUAAUGUAAGUGGAAGGAGAAUUCAAACUGAAGGAUAGGAAUAAUUAUAGGAGAGUGAUGAUAGUUAAUCAGAGAAUGGUAACACUAAGGUUAAAUUUUCAAGAAGUACUACUUAAAAAGAAUAAAAAAAAUAAACCAUAAAAAAAGGAUAGUAAAUUACUUAAAGUAAAAAUAUUCAAACAAAAAAAACAGUAGAUGUUUAAAUGAUUGAAACUGUAGAAGAAAUUCCUUCAAAUAUUACAUCUUAAUAAAGUUUAGAUAAAUUUAGUUUAAAAUAAUCAAAUACUAUUGAAGAAACAGAUGAAUAGAUUAAGCAUAAAAAAGAUUAUUUAAAAUUUAAUGGAAGUUCUCCAAUUAAAAGAUCAAGCACAUCAGUUCCAUAAUAACUUUAAAUGACUAUCAAAUUAAAUGAUGAAGAUUAAUAAUAAUUUACAACCUAUUGGCAUUAGAGUAAAUAUUAAUAAAUAUAUUAUUAGGACAUAUUGAUUAAGAAACUUAAACUGAAAAUUAUCUAUUGAUGUAAUUACUAUAAAGUACAAUUACUUAAUUAGAUCUUCCUAUGAAUAUCAAAUAAAAUAUAGCUUAACAAUUACCAAAAAAAUUAGAAACAGCUGUUGCUAUUGCAUUGAAUCAAAGUUAAAUAAUACAUUAAACAGGGGGUUUAAGUUCAGAUAAUUUAUAAUAAUUUGAAUUCACUUCUCCUCAAAGUUCUCGAUAAUCAUAAGAAUCAUUUAGAUAAAAACAACUUAGAAAUUAAAGAUCCCUUGAUUCUCAAGGAAAAUAAAAAUUAUAAACUUUAUUAGAUUUGAAUUAAUUUGAUCCUCCUUAAACAAAAACAAGUUUAGAUAGUAAAAUUGGUUAAUUAACUUAAAAAAACUCUGUAGAAUUACAUGAUUAAGGAAAUUCUGAAAAUAGUGAUAUCAUUUUGAAAUCUAAAGGAGAAUUAGAAAAAUAAUUCUUAAAAUAAUAAGAAUAGGUAUUAAAAAUGGAAGAAUUCUUCAAACCAGAAGAUGAAGAUUUAGGAUAUGAAGAAUUAGCAAAAUAAAUAAUAGCAAAUGAGAAUGGAGGUUAACCUUUAGAAUAAUUCAAAUAAAACGAUCUCUAAUCAGAAAAUUUUAUGAAAAGACUUCAUAAUAAUAUGACAAAUCAUAAAACAAGAGGAGCUGCAGCAAUAUAGGAUAUGUUAAAAAGAUACUAUAAAAAGAAUCCAAAAGAUCAAAUUACUUUUCAUGAAUUUAAAGGAUUUUAUUAAAAAGUAUUUGCUACCCAUAAACAAUGUGGUUUUAAUAUUGUAUGUAGUCAUUUAUAAAGAUUUAUAAUGAAAUUAGGAUUUACUUGUUCUUUAUUUUCUAAACGAAAAGUAAUGAUAUAAUAUUAUUUUAGUUAUUGAAAACUUCCCUUUCAAUACUUAAACCUUUCAAUCCAUUGCAUGAAACAAAAUAAAAAUUAGUGAAUCAAUCAACUACUUAUUAGAAUUCAAGUAAAUUUUAAACUAAUUAACAUUUUUCUGUUGAUUAAUGA